AUAAGGUCUUAAUAAAUGUUCUUAUAACAAUAGAAAAAAUGUAGAAAAAGUUGAUCAAAUCUGAUAUAAAGAUGGAGGCCUGGAUCUCCUUGUAUAUUCUGGGACCUGGAGAGAAGGUUGGGUUGGAGAAGGUUGCUCUGGAUAAGCUUAGAGAUGGUCACCUUCUCUCGAGAGCUCUUGGAAACAUUCUCCCAGAUAGAUUUCAAUCUCUUAGAUCUCGGCUGGGGUCGAGGGGGUCAGUAUCCUGGCUGUUUAUGAAGGUCAACAUUAGACGAAUUCUCAUCAGUCUACAGAGCUAUUUCAGGCAAUAUCUUGGUGUACAAAUCAAUGACGCACGAAUACCUGAUAUAUUCAGGAUUGCUAGGGAUGGAGACAAGAAUGAAAUUAUUAAACUUCUUUCAUUAAUUCUUGGAUGUGCUGUUACCUGCAGGAAUAGGUUGCGACAUGUUGAAAACAUAAUGGGUCUUCAACCUGAUGACAAAGCAGAGGUUCUGCUGAUAUUACGUAGCCUUGAUCUUGAGAUGGGUGUACUGCAAGUAAACAAACUGUACAACAAUCUAAAGGACCUACAGUUGAGGGAGAAGGAAUGCGGAGAAACUGUAGAAACCAAAUCUGUCAAAAUCCCAAAAUGCGCGAAACAAUUAGUAGAAAAUGGCGGGAAACAAUUUUCAGAAAAUGGCUGCCAAACAACAACCCAAAAAAAACAAGAUGGUUGGACACAAAGCAAUCUCCCGCAUCCACGAGUUGACGCAUUGCGUAAGCUGAAGCGUGAGAGAUCUGGAAGAAUAAAGAAUGCUGGGUAUCCUGCUGGGUUCAAAACUCUAGGUGUGAAAGAAUUGAAAACGGAUCCUAUAAAUACAUUAAGCAGAACAUCUGAGAUAAUUGAUGUUGAUGCUGAAUGCUGGGAGGAAGGAGAGGAGGAUAUCAAUGAUGAAACUGAAAACAAGGUUGAUCUUGAUAAACCUGCCAACCAGGUUGAGACCUAUGCAAGGAUUGAUCAGCAUGAUUUGUCACGAUGUGUCAACAUAUCAACUGAGGAAUAUGAAAAAAUUAACAACCAAAUAGCAGCUAACGAAGCUGCAGAAAAAGCUGCUAAAACAGCUGCUAUGCAUGCCAAAUCAGCAGCUGCUGCAGCAGUGGACAAUCUUGAGAAAGCUUUGAAGGAAAUGAUUGCCAAGGAUAGGAUAAUCUUAGAUCUGGAAAUCCAGGUUACAAAGAUGAAAAGUGCUAAGGGAAUUGCCAGUAAAAGGUUUGUGAAAUCAAGUGCUAGGAUCCAGGAACUAUUGAGUACAAUCGAGAUUCUUCAAGCAGAGGUCAACAACCUCCGACUUGACCUCAGCUCGACCAGGGAUAGGUCUGAAGAGGUCAAUGAACUCAAGGAAACUUUAGGGAGCCUACUGAAGAAGAAUGUGAAGAUUAUGAGUGAAAAUGAUGCUUUGAGACAACGGAUAGAAAACUUAGAAGACGGGCUUAGGAUGAAAUUAAGUCUCCAGGAUGGACCACGACAGCUGUCUAUCAAGUUUGACUCCGGAGUUAGGUACGAAUUUGACUCCGGAGCCAGGUUUGAACAUGAUCUUGAUUCUCCGAUAUCAGAGUGUAGUUCUGGACUAGGAUCUAGUAUAUGUACUCCGCUGGGAUCCCGAGCCUGUACUCCGAGAGGUUCUCUCUUCUCAACUUCACGGAGAGAUAUCUUUCCGUUCUUUAUCCCUGCUCUACAGGAUACACUAGAUGACAAGUUGAAUAAUUGGCAUAACAGGGAGGAUAGAUCGGAGAACAGUAGACGGGACGGAGUAGAGAAUAUGCAGGACGGAGAUAUGAUAAUGAAGGAUGAAGAAAGGAGUAUGAAGGAUGGAGAGGUUGUAAAGUUUGAUCCAAGUAGAUAUCUUGACCUGGAGAGAGAGGCUGAGAGGCUGGUCGACCUGGUCGGGGUUAUGGAGGACAGAGAAGAGCAGAUACUGGCGGAGGUUAAGGCAGGGUGGACAGAGGCAGAUAUUGCAAGGCGGAGAGUUAGAGAACUAGAAGGGGAGCUUGAGAUUAAGGGAAGACAAGGAGAACUAUCUAAAAGAUUAAAGAACGUAAUGUUGCUGACUGCAGCCUUCGGAGCUGUACACCAAGCUGUACAGGCAGAAAAUAUGCUGGAGUGUAUACCAAUGUAGAGUUCUCCUGUACACUGUACAUCUAGGUGUACAGCAGAAAACAUCCUGGAGUGUAUACCAAUUUAGGGUUCUACAGUAUACUGUACAUGUAGCUGCACAGCAGAGAAUACACUGGAGUGUAUACUAAUGUAGAGUUCUACUGUACACUGUACAUGUAGCUGUACAGGCAGAGAAUAUGCUGGAGUGUAUACCAAUGUAGAUUUCUCCUGUACACUGUACAUGUAGCUGUACAGCAGAGAAUAUGCUGGAGUGUAUUCCAAUGAAGUCUGCUGUACACAAUUCUUUAUUUGGAGUACAUUUAAGUUUAGAUUUUACUUUACAUGAUUAACAGUUUUAGAAUAGAUGCAAUAAUAUAACAAAAGUAGAAAUAUUUUAAUAAUGUAUCGGCGCUCUACUUAAAAAAAUGUAAUUUUAGGAUAAAAAAAUAAAAGAUGAAA